UUUCUGGAGCUUUACAGCAUUCUCCUAAACAACUGAAGUGGAUGGGGACUGUUUUUAAAAUGCAAAAAAUAAUUAAAACAGCUAAAAACAAAACAAAAAAGCAACAUAACAUCGCUCCUCGCAACUCAUCCACAGAAAUCCAAGUCUAUGGAAGCCCAGACCUCCCAAAUUGAAUGAAAAUGAUAUUGUUUACACCUCGUGGCUGUGAUGGUGCUGGUGCACCCAAGUGAAAGCAUGUUAAUAAACUCUUCUCAACUCAAUCUGGGAUACUGGGACACCCAGAGACUAGAUUAUGAUUGGGUUAUGUCAGAUGAGUUGUAUGGAGCUCUUUUUUUUUCUCAACAUUUUAAAACAAGUGCUUUGAUAGUUGAGUUGUUGAGCAGAUCUGCUGUGAAGCUCCGGGAAUGUAUCGUGGACUACAGAACUUCACCUGACUUUCCAUCAGCCUGUGGAUGGCGAUCACAGAGGGUACCAUGUUGCAAAUAGAAGCUCUGUCUGAAAGCAUCAACAACCUCACACAGGGAAAAGAACAGGAGCGGACUGCAGGUAGUGGACUUGGAACUUCAGAAACUUCCAGACCCAUCCUGUGUAUCAGGGAAACUACCAUCUGAUCUCCCACCCCCCACCAUCAGUCCACCAUGGGCCAGACCAUCAGCAAACCCACUUCUAACCCCUUCCAGAACUCCAACUUUUUUGCCUCUUUCAAGCGUGGCUCCACCAUCCCUCCCUCCUUCGAACUAAACACAUCACCUCGACCAAGCAUCUUCUCCACCCUGAGGAGGCCCACCAUUGCCAAACCCAACGAUUUCAUACCUCUAUUCAAUGACUGCAUCUCUGCCGCUUCGUGCAGAACUCAAGAGUACCUCCUAUUCAAAGACCCAGAGGACAAGUUUCACGCAAGCCCGGAGGCGCUCACUGAGAUCUUCCUGAUGACCUACAUCUCUCAAAGCGUCAGUCUUAACAUGAUAGAUUCCUUCAACUGCACAGCUAUGACGCCUGAACAGCGCAUCCUCCUCGGGGCUGACUGGGUUUGGGCCGUGCUGGAGAAGCCCACCAAGAACCCUCGAAUCCAGAUUGCUGUGCAGGUCUUACAUCUGCCGGAAAGGGACAGCGCUGAUGAGAACGGCAUCCCCCCAGAGGCCUGCAGCGAGUCUGUCCAGAUCGCCCAGAUGGAGUCCUGCGACAGGAACAUGUAUGAGAGGCUGGUGGACUUCUGCACCUCAAUUGGCAAGGACUGCUACGCCCUCUUUUUGUUCAUGGGGAAGAAAAACGACAAGGGGAAUAUCUACGGCGUACUCAGCAACAACUUUGAGGCAGCCAUCGGCAAGUGCAACAAGAUUGACAGAGCUCUUAUCGAGAACUUCUUCAAAGGCUCGAGGUAUCUCCAUACACCUACAGGAAUGAUGCAGGCCAUUGUCACAAAGAAAGACGGGGAGCCUCUCACUCUUAUGAUUAAAUUCAGCUGAACCAAAGAGAAAUACUUAUAGACCAUAACAUGAUGUAUGGCUCAGUAAUAAACUUUAUGUGACAAUGUGGGGGCUAUAGUGUGCUGCAGGAAUGGGUCCUUAAUCCCAGAAAUAAAUUAGCAUUUUUGCACUUCCAGUAACCGAUUGCUUUUGUGCUACAAAAAUCAUGAAACAGGUAUUCAUUGUUGAAGAUUAUCUUGUUGACAAAACAUCUAAGUAUCAUGAACUUGUGUUAGCCACAGAAAUUAUUUUCUGCUAUAAUCCAAAAUGCAGAAUAAAAAGGUUUUUUGGUCAAGGGAACUAACGUGAUGCUAACUUCCAAGUUAGCCUAUGAUCUAUGUCAUCCCUGUAGCACUCUAUGAUGUGUCUGUUGAGAAACAACCUUUUAACCUUCCAAGAUGAAAGACUUCUGCCUUUUAAGGGAGAAUUCUGGUCUUUCUUCUUACAAUUCUGAUUUUCAAUCUAUCCCAGUAGAAAGUGCAUCUUACAAGAAUGUCAGUACACUUGCAGAGAUUUCUGCUGUUUACUUCUGCUUGGUCCAGUUUUCUGACACCUAAACCUAGAAACUCUGUAAAACGCACUGAAUAACGUAAAUUAAAACAGGAACAUACUGCACUUCCAGUAUAUGUGUCUUUAAAGAGCUGCAAGGUUUUAUCAUACUAUUCAGACUUUUGUGAAACUAAUUACAUUAUGAGGGAUGUAUUUAAUUUACAUGUUUCACUCCAAGGCUUCUACUUUUGGCCUUAUUUUGAACCAGGACCCUGACACUGAAGCAGCUCAAUGGAAUUCUGUCAUCUUUCUUUACGUUACAUAUACUGUUUGUAUGCACUUCCCACAGUGUGGUGUCAAAAUGUCACAAUGUCGUGAAAAAGGCCUAUUCUCACAGGUGUAACUAAUAACAUUAAUGAUGGUUCCAUCCCAUAUGGUAAAUGGACUGUGUCUAUUUAGCGCUUUUCUAGUCUUAGCGACCACUGAAAGCUCUUCACAGCACAAGUCAGCAUUUACCCAUUCACACGUAAAUUAGUGCACUGGUGGCAGAGGCAAUUAUGCAAGUUACCCCUGCUCAUCAGGAGCGGCAACCACUGUUACACACCCACACACAGAUGGAAGAGCCAACAGGGCUGGUAUUUUGCCCAAUGACCCACAGUCAGAGCCAAAGCCAUCACCGACCCAUCAUCCACGGUAUGCUUUCAUCCCAGCAUCCCACUCUUGAGAGUUCUGUUUCACCUGUGUGACACAGCACUAAAACUAAAGUUAUAUAGUUAUACCUGUGCUUUUCUUCUCUGACACAUCCAACUUUUAUUAACUGUUAUUAUACCUGUCUUAAGUCUACAGCGUCUCUUUGUACAGGAAUAUCGUCAAACCCCUGUAAACCAAACUGAGAAGUCGUUACUAAUUUAAAUGUAUGAGAUUUAUCAGUUGAACAUUGUCCAUCCUGACACAGGGUUCAUGCUUUUGUAACUACCUGCUGUGUGGACAACAUGUCAUUUGAGUUGAAUAAGGCUGAAUUUACAGUGAUGUCUUGCGUAUAACCUCUGAUAAGCUUGAGCUAAAUCAUUCUGCAUGAACUACUUUAUCUUACUAUUUUACUAGUUUGGAUUA